UCACUAAAUAUGGAAGGUCAGAGGUGAUGCAGAUGGAUUACUUGCCUGUUUUGCUUGUAAAAAUGACUCUCUCUUUCGCUGAUGGUCUUUGAAAACCUCAGAAUAAUUAGGAGCGAUGAGCUGUGACAGGUGAUGUGUUUGAACAGAAAAGGGACUCUGGUGCGGUCCACCAUGCUGGUGUUUAUCGGAGGGUCUUUGAUGGGCUUCAGCAGAUGGUUCAGGAAUCCCUUCAUGGUCAUCGCAGGACGCUUCAUCACAGGGGUCCAUUCAGGGAUCUCUCUCAGCGUGGUGCCGAUGUACCUUGGAGAGAUCGCCCCCAAGAACCUGCGCGGUUUUCUGGGCCUUGUUCCCAGUAUCCACAUCUGUCUGGGAGUCUUCAGUGCUCAAGUUCUUGGGCUCUCUGAGCUGCUGGGAAAGGAAGAACAUUGGCCGCUGCUCCUCUCCCUCGUAUUGUUUCCUACUUUGGUCCAGCUGAUGCUGUUGCCAUGGUUUCCAGAGAGUCCACGGUACCUGCUGAUUGAGAAGGGAAAUGUCCACGCGACCGUUUCAGCCCUCAAGUGUUUCCGCAAAAAAGGGAACAUCCAGGCUGAGGUGGAGGAGAUGCAGGAGGAACAACGGUCUCUCUCCUCCGUCAAGACCCUCUCUGUCCGCCGUCUGCUCAUGGAUCGCUCUGUCCGCUGGCAGGUCCUCACCAUCGUGGUGGUCAACAUCGGGAUGCAGCUGUCUGGGAUCGAUGCAAUCUGGUUCUACACAAAUGAAAUAUUCAGGAAUGCGGGAAUCCCAGAACCUCACAUUCAGUACACGACGGUGGGAACUGGAGCCAUUGAGGUCAUCUCUGGGACGCUGGGGUGUUUCACCAUUGAGCGUGUGGGCAGACGACCUCUGAUUAUCGGUGGGUUCCUCUUCAUGGGUCUGUGCUGUGCGGGAAUCACCGUGUCCGUCCUCCUGCAGGCGCAGUUUCCCUUCAUGAGCUACAUCAGUGUGGGCUGUGUUGUGGGGAUCAUCGCUGGCUUCUGCAUAGGUCCAGCCGGCGUUCCUUUUCUGAUCACAGCCGAGCUCUUUAAGCAGUCGCACCGACCGUCGGCCUACACCGUGGCCGGCUGCCUCAACUGGCUGUCCAACUUCACCAUUGGCUUCGUCUUUCCCUUCCUCGAGGACGCGACGGGCCCAUACUGCUACCUGAUCUUCUGCGCCGUCUGCUGGGGAGUCGCUGCGUACACCAUAUGGGUCGUUCCUGAGACCAAGAACAAAACCUUCCUGGAGAUCAGCCAGAUGUUUGCAACCAAAAACAGCGCCCAGAAGGAGGAUCCGACUCCAAACAGUCACCUGAAACUGGCGCUGAUGAACGGCUACGGAUCACUCAGGCUCCAUGACGAAAAGUGAAAGGUGGAAAGAGAAAAAUAACUUCCUGUAAAGAAAAAAAAAAGAAAGAAGAAAAGAGUACCAUGACGAACUGCGGCCAUGAGAUUGACUGCUUUACUUGAACAAGUCUAAGAGAAAGUAUAAUAAAACAUUGGCUUCGUUGA